AUGACACGCUACGACAGCAUGUCCGCACUCAUCACAAAACCAAGGAGCUACAAUACUCCCGGACAAUUCAAGCUUGUACCUAUUGUCGCUCACGGCGGUCAAAAUGCGAUGGACGGUCUCCCUGCGACACGUGCUUCCAGCGAGGAAUUCAAUGUUUAUAUACCCGAAUCUUACGAGGACGUCCAUUGGAACAAAAUCGGCCUCGAAAUCCCCGCAAAAGCCCCAUACCGUCGGUAG